GUCAGAACAAUCCGGUUCGAACGUCUGCCAGUCACUUGCUAUACCCCUCUGAUCAUCUGGGUGCUCAGACUGAUCUAGUGUUCGUUUCGUGUCUGAAACAAAGUGUAACGUGUCGCAAAUUAUCGCAGCCAGUUUCGUGCGUCCUAAAUGACCAAAAAUAGAACAUAAUACCGUAUCAACAGCUUGCUCCCGCCGCAUUGGACUACUACAGUAUUUCGUGUUGUUCUGUCUCGUUGUUUGAUAAACGGCUGUCCAGCUGUUCGUUGUAGCAACCUCUCAAUAACGAAAAGACGUGCUAUCGCCGGCGUAGCUAAGCCGCCGCGGUCCACGUCACACGCCUUAGUUGAAGGAUAGACAACCAGUCUCACGUGUACCUGCAGAGGUGCACCCCAGCUCGGUAACAAUGUUCCAUCCGAAUCUUGUAAAUGCGGCCGUAGCCGCCAGUGCAUUCCCCUUCGGUUUGCAAUCGGUUGCCGGCCUUGAGCCCCUCACACCGCGGUCACCAUUCUCCAGGGAUGGCGGCGUAUUCUUUUACCCGCCUUCGUCACCGUCCUGUUCAUCGGGCGGAAUUCCUUCACCGCGACUCGUUUCACCGUCCGUGUCCCAAAAAAAGAGUUCGUUUACCAUUGAGGCCAUUCUCGGCCUGAAGGAAUCGAAGGGAGACUCAGGCGACGACGUAUUCCGAUCCUGCAGACCUGCCUCACCGAUUUCGCCAGCCUCGUCAGUUAAAGAUCUGUCCAGCCGGGUGCUAUCUUCCCCUUCCGAGUGCAAUUCGUUGGUCUCUAUGCCGCUGUCGGCUCCCCAAACUGGCCUGGCAUCGCUGAAGCGCAAGGCGUGCGAUUCGUCGUCCUGUUCAGGCUCGAAGGCCAAACGAAUUCGAACGAUCUUCACACCCGAACAACUGGAACGGUUAGAGGCUGAAUUUGAGCGGCAACAGUAUAUGGUUGGACCCGAACGCCUCUACCUAGCUGCCUCCCUGAACCUGAGCGAGGCUCAAGUCAAAGUGUGGUUUCAAAACCGUCGUAUUAAGUGGCGCAAGACCCAUCUUGAACAGCAGCAGCAGCAGCGACAAGCCACUCUGAGGAAGAACUCGACCGGCGACGAGAUCGACGAGCCAGAACUCGACAUUGUUCACGAUGACGAUGAAUCCUCAGUAAAUGGGCAUCGGCUUGGCCUUGAGUCUGACGACGAAAAGGACUACUCUCACGCGACCCUCACAAGUCCAACGUCACAGCCGCUGACACCGAACGGGAGCGAUUUUGCGUCAGCGCCCUGGCUCAAGACGGAACCACAGCAUUCGGAAAAUCAGUAAAACUAAGCUACAUUAGAAAAUUAGUAAUGUAAUAGCCGUUCGGUGUCGGACGAGCAAAGACGUCUGAAGUUUGAAUGCGAGUUGGUGACGGUUACAGCCGAGCUACUUUCAGAUGCGUAACGUAACUUAAAGCAGGAAAAAUACGUGAUGACGUAAUGGAAACUAUAAUCAUUAUUAAAGCUAUUACUCGAAACUAGUCAGCUUUCACCCGCGGUUCGAUAAACAGAUAAAGAGCUCGCGGUGAAAGAAAAAUUAAAUAGAAGAGAGUUUUAUCUGUUGAAUCUGCUGAUGUUAGCUUUUAUAAAAUAAUGUGUUGAUCGAUGCUGGAUUCGAUUUGGACUAAAGUCGAAGGCCCUCCCAGCAUCGUGUGUACAGUUUGUAUAUGAAAUUCAUAAAUAGAUUAGCAAAAAAACGAUAAGAAAAGCUAUUGCAAUUUAACGAUCAAAGCCAAUGGUGAAAACACUUCAUUAUCUAAUGAGUGAUCAAAAGAACGACAUUCUGCCUGUAAUAAUGGCACGAACGUUAUCGACGAGCAUUGAUCAUAUCACUGACUGUCAUGUAAAUACUCUGGGUAAUGAGAGAUUGCAUAGAGAAAACGAAAGCAAAUUAAAGCGGGGUAAAGAAGAGAGAGAAAAGAAA